UGCGCUCUCGUGGCAUGCUCCUUCCCUUCAUCCUUGCAGUAUCUGCUGCUGCUCUCGUCUCGGCAAACUUGACUGUUCGCGCCAAUGAUGCCUUGACCGAGAAUUGGCUCGAUACGCCGGUCGACCAUUUUCCUGACGACGCCAAGUAUGCCCCUCAUUCGAGCAGCACCUUCAAGCUGCGAUACUUCUUCUCUGAUCGCUUCUACGAUGCAGCAGCAAAAGGACCAAUCAUCUUCUUUGAUCCCGGCGAGGAUUCUGCAGACAGAUUCACGACUCGGUUCUUACUCGAGGAAUCUUUCCUUGUGCUGCUUGGUCGUCAGACCAAGGCGAUCAUCGCCAUUGUCGAGCAUCGCUAUUACGGCAAGAGCUUCCCCACGGCAGACCUGUCGACAGACUCGCUGCGGUUCCUAGAUAUCGCCCAAUCGAUGGCAGAUAACGCCUUUUGGUCCCAGAAUGUCGUGUUUCCAGGUUACGAGCAUCUCGACUUGACCUCACGAGGCACUAGGCAUAUCUACAUGGGUGGAUCUUAUAGUGGCGCAAAGGCCAUGUUUGCUCGCAAAACCUAUCCUGAUGUUUUCUUUGGCGCUGUUGCUUCUUCGCCGACUGCGCAAGCUAUGACAGACUACUGGGAGUUUUACGAAGCGGUAAUCAAGUAUGGAGAUCAGACUUGCGUACGCAAGAUGCAGGCGACUAUUCACAUCAUCGACCUUCUCAUAGACAAAGCUGACCAAGCCGCUAUCGACGCUCUCAAGCAAGGCUACGGUCUUGGCGGGGUCAUACACACGCAAGACUGGCUGCAAAGUAUUAACGGCGGCAUGGAUGCAUGGCUGUCCCAGACUUGGACGCCUUCGACUAACAACAAUGCAUACGAGGAUCUAUGUGGAAACCUCACCUUAUCGGCCGCUCGGCAAAACUUCUCUUCGGAGCAGGUCGCUAGUAUCGCUCAGCUUGUCGAACGAUCUGGCUUCCUCAGUUCGAGCUACCACCAAAGCGAGACUAGUGCGGAGCUCGCGACUAAUAUACUCAACCAUAUGCAACUCGUCCGACCAUCUACGACGUCGUGGUCGGGCAGCUGUGCUACGCAAGACGCGUGUUACUCGACCUUUGAGCCAAAAUACUGGCAAAGCACUGAUCUGGCCGAGUGGUCGUGGCGUACAUUUCGAUGGCAGUGGUGCUCGCAAUUCGGCUUCGUUCAGCCGGGCUCUUCCUAUCCAGCUGGUAAACUGCCCGUCGUCUCUCGCCAUCUCGAUCUACCGUUUCUAUAUACGAUAUGCCGCAAUACCUAUCCACCGGGCAAAUACCACAGCCUGCCCGCUACGCCUGACGUGAUGAGUUACCUCAAGUAUGGCGGUUGGACCGUCAGUACACAUCGUCUUGCAAUAGUCUGUGGCGAAGUCGAUCCCUGGCGUCAAGCAGGGCCCUGUGCAGACGCGGCUCCAUCACGUCAGUCGACCGUCUCUCAGCCAUUUGUAAUCAUGCCAGGCAUAUCUCAUAAAGGCUUUUACUAUGGCACGCAACCUAGCGAUGUAGGCGUUGUGAAGCCAAAGGCAAUCGCGGAUGCUCAGGUCACUGUUAUUGCUGCCGUUCAAGCUUGGCUGGCAAGUCCCGCAUAGCGAAGUUAAUGCAUUAGAAUAGUCCAGAGGGCGCGCAGCGUUCCUAGGGCAUAGUAGGCG